ACCCGAAAAAAUCAGGUAUAUAUUUGCUCAGUUUUCCGUCGUAAAACAUAUUCCAAACGCUCUAGUAACCAUGAAGACUUUCAUCGUUCUCGCUUUGGCCGUUGUUGCCACUUUGGCAGUACCCCAAUCUCCAGUCCACGCCAAAUGGGCUGAAUUCAAAUUGACCCACAAAAAACAAUACAGCUCCCCGAUUGAAGAGCUCAGACGUAAGGCCAUCUUCCAAGACAACUUGGUCAAAAUCGAAGAACACAAUGCCAAGUUCGCCAAAGGCGAAGUCACCUACACCAAGGCCGUCAACCAGUUCGCCGACAUGACCGCUGACGAAUUCAUGGCUUACGUCAACCGUGGUCUUGCCACUAAACCAAAAAUGAACGAAAAACUCCGCAUUCCCUUCGUCAAGUCUGGCAAACCCGCCGCCGCUGAAGUCGACUGGAGGAGCAAAGCCGUCACCGAAGUCAAGGACCAAGGACAAUGCGGUUCCUGCUGGAGCUUCAGUACUACUGGUGCCGUUGAAGGCCAACUUGCCAUCUCAGGCAAAGGCUUGACCUCUCUCAGUGAACAAAACUUGGUGGAUUGUUCCUCACAAUACGGAAACGCCGGAUGUAAUGGUGGAUGGAUGGACAGCGCCUUCGACUACAUCCAUGACAAUGGUAUCAUGUCCGAAUCCGCUUAUCCCUACACUGCCAUGGAUGGAAACUGCAGAUUCGACGCUUCUCAGUCCGUCACCAGUCUUCAAGGUUACUACGACAUCCCCUCUGGAGAUGAGAGUGCUCUCCAAGACGCUGUUGCCAACAAUGGUCCAGUCGCUGUUGCUCUUGAUGCCACCGAAGAACUCCAACUCUACUCUGGAGGUGUUUUGUACGACACCACCUGCAGUGCCCAAGCUUUGAACCACGGUGUCUUGGUCGUUGGAUACGGAUCUGAAGGUGGACAGGACUACUGGAUCGUCAAGAACUCCUGGGGAAGCGGAUGGGGAGAACAAGGCUACUGGAGACAAGCUCGUAACCGCAACAACAACUGUGGUAUCGCUACUGCUGCUUCAUACCCAGCCUUGGUUAGGUGUGACAUAACAGUCGAGAAUGUGGCAAUUUGGACUUACCACAGUGCCCCCUUCGCCCGAUGCGUGCCGGAACGGGUCCGAAACUUGCUUCAGGAAGAAGUUGCGAAGAACAGUUCUUCAACCAUGAAGUUCCUGGUGUUUGUGGCCCUUUGUGUGGUCGGCAGUCAAGCCGUGUCUUUUUUUGACCUAGUCCAGGAACAAUGGGGCGCUUUCAAGGUGACUCACAAGAAACAAUACGAAAGCGAAACCGAAGAACGCUUCCGUAUGAAAAUCUUCAUGGAAAAUGCCCACAAAGUCGCCAAACAUAACAAAUUGUACGCUCAGGGUUUAGUUUCGUUUAAAUUAGGCGUAAAUAAAUACUCCGAUAUGCUUAAUCAUGAAUUUGUUCACACAUUAAAUGGUUACAAUCGCUCUAAAACCCCACUGAGAAGUGGCGAAUUGGACGAAUCUAUCACUUUCAUUCCACCUGCAAACGUCGAAUUACCGAAACAAAUCGACUGGAGAAAACUUGGGGCCGUCACACCCGUCAAGGACCAAGGACAAUGCGGCUCAUGCUGGAGCUUCAGUACGACUGGUUCCCUCGAGGGCCAGCACUUCCGCAAGUCCAAAAAACUCGUCUCCCUCAGCGAACAAAACCUGAUCGACUGUUCGGAAAAGUACGGAAAUAACGGCUGUAACGGCGGUCUCAUGGACAACGCUUUCCGUUACAUUAAAGACAACGGCGGAAUUGACACCGAACAGUCGUAUCCGUACAAAGCCGAAGACGAGAAAUGCCACUACAAGCCCAGAAAUAAGGGCGCCACUGACCGCGGAUUCGUCGAUAUCGAGUCAGGUGAUGAGGAAAAGCUCAAAGCUGCAGUUGCGACAGUUGGGCCAAUUUCUGUUGCAAUUGAUGCAAGUCAUCCCACUUUCCAGCAGUAUUCCGAAGGGGUGUACUAUGAGCCUGAGUGUAGCUCGGAGCAGCUGGAUCAUGGGGUUCUGGUGGUGGGGUAUGGGACCGAUGAGGAUGGUAAUGAUUAUUGGUUGGUGAAAAAUUCAUGGGGGGACAGUUGGGGCGAUCAGGGGUACAUCAAGAUGGCUCGCAAUCGGGAUAACAAUUGCGGAAUUGCUACCCAAGCUAGUUAUCCGUUAGUUUAG